AUGAGGCUGGAGAAGGGGGCCUUGCCUCGAGGUCUGGGAUCUGGCAGAAAGGAUGAGCAAGAAAGGAUGAGCAGAAGGGUCACGAUGAUCACCAGCCACCUUGAGAACAGCCACGACCACGAUCCCUACGCCCACGACCUAAAAGGGUUGGCCACCUUCACCCUCAACCUCGCCCAUGACAAGGCUUCUCAAAGUCGUGUCCUCGCCCAGUCCUUAGCGUCCAAGGCAACCGAUCCCAAGCUUAAGGAGCGCUAUGCCACCUGUGCUGAACACUACGACGAUGCUGUCGACGACAUCGAGGAUGGGAAGAACUACUUGGGAAAAGGUGACUACAAUAGCGUCAACACUAUGGCGUCUGCAGCCAUGACGGAAGCCGGUGACUGUCUGGACAGUUUCAUGCAGCCGCCAAAGGACCCAUCGGCGCUGUCUGACAACGGGAAGGCUGUGGAAGAUAUUUGUAGUAUCAUCUUGGUUAUAGGCAAUCUUCUUCUUGGGCGUGCCUAA